CAGCGUCAGUGCAGCGUUUCCCCUCUCUGAGAGCAGCUGGGUUUGACACUGCUCUCUCCUUUCUCCUCUGGUGAACUGUUGCAACACUGAGUGUCAGAGACAGAUGACCGCCCAGCUCCAAAACAGGCAGGACAAGUGGUGUGAGUGAGUGACUGAGAGCGUGUGUUUGUGUGUGUGUGUGUGGAGGCGCGGUCUCUUACGAACCUGCUGCUAUUAAUAACACAUAACGAACAUAAUCUGAAGUUAUCCUCUUACGUUUGUUGGCAGGAGCGGAGAUGGAAAGAGCGUAGCAGUCUCAUUUCCCAGUGUCCCUCCACAAUGCCUGCAGCUGGGUAAUUGAAGUGAAGGGAAUGUAGAAGCGAUGUUUAAAAGCAUAGUUUAGUUUCCCCCGCCAUCUCUCUCCCACCGCAGCGCUGUGCCUGGGGGCCAGAGUGCUGCUCCUGCACGCAGAGUCAAACGCAGUGUAAAAAACACACUCCUCUCAGAGGGAGCUGACGCGCGCUAACCGCUAACCAUGAACACUCUCCCCGCUUUCUCGGGUGCCAGGAUAUCUGGCUGUUGGUCUCUCAAUUCGGAUGGCAGCGGGGGCAGUGAGGGUUUGGACAGGCUUCUCCCUACAGUCAGCACCGGGGUCUCACCACGCAAGAGGACCACCAGCCAGUGUAAGUCUGAGCCCCCCCUGCUACGGACCAGCAAGAGGACCAUCUACACUGCCGGCCGGCCGCCCUGGUACAAUGAGCAUGGCACGCAGUCCAAAGAGGCCUUCGUCAUUGGGCUAUGUGGGGGCAGUGCCUCAGGGAAGACCACUGUGGCCAGGAAGAUCAUCGAAGCACUGGACGUCCCCUGGGUAGUGCUCCUGUCCAUGGACUCCUUUUACAAGGUUCUCACCCCAGAACAGCAGAUCCUGGCUGCCAGCAACGAUUACAACUUCGACCACCCUGACGCCUUCGACUUCGGCCUGCUGGUGCACACCCUGCGGAAGCUGAAGCAGGGAAAGAGCGUCAAGAUACCAGUGUACGAUUUCAACACCCACGGCCGGCAGAAGGAGUGGAAAACCGUGUAUGGAGCCAGUGUCAUCAUCUUCGAAGGAAUCAUGUCUUUCGCGGAUAAAGAGCUGUUGAAGCUGCUGGACAUGAAGCUGUUCGUGGACACCGACUCGGACAUCCGUCUGGUGCGGCGUCUGCGCAGGGACAUCACGGAGCGCGGACGCGACAUCGAGGGCGUCAUCAAGCAGUACAACAAGUUUGUGAAGCCCGCCUUCGAGCAGUACAUCGAGCCCACCAUGCGCCUGGCGGACAUCGUGGUGCCCCGGGGUGGAGGGAACAUGGUGGCCAUCGAUCUGAUCGUACAGCACGUCCACAGCCAACUGGAGGAGAGGAAACUACGCUGGGAUAUGGCGGCUCUGGCUUCAGCCCAUCAGGCCCAGCCCCUGCCUCAGACUCUCAGCGUGUUGGAGAGCACGCCCCAGGUCAGGGGUAUGCACACCAUCAUCAGGAACAGAGAGACGAGCCGUGAUGAGUUCAUCUUCUACUCGAAGAGGCUGAUGCGCUUGCUGAUCGAGCGCGCUCUGUCCUUCCUGCCCUCUCAGGUCCACAUUGUGCAGACUUCCCAGGGCCAGGACUACGAGGGGAGGACCUUUCAUGGGAAGAGGAUCACGGGCGUGUCCAUAUUGCGGGCAGGGGAGACCAUGGAGCCUGCCCUCAGGGCUGUGUGCAAGGACGUCCGGAUUGGCAAGAUCCUCAUCCAGACCAACCAGGACACAGGGGAGCCUGAGCUGCACUAUCUCCGCCUGCCCAAAGACAUCGGCGAGGACCACGUGAUCCUGAUGGACUGCACCGUGUCCACGGGAGCUGCAGCCAUGAUGGCCGUCCGGGUCUUACUGGACCAUGACGUGCAGGAGGAUAAGAUCCUGCUGGUGUCACUGCUCAUGGCUGAGAUGGGGGUGCAUUCGGUGGCCUACGCCUUCCCCCAAGUCAAAAUCAUCACCACCGCUGUGGACAAGAAGGUCAACGACCUCUUCCACAUCAUCCCUGGCAUAGGAAACUUCGGGGACCGGUACUUUGGUACAGACGCGCCCCUGGACUGGAGCGAUGAGGACAUGGAUGAGCCAAGUUACUGAGAGCUGCCAACCUCGUGCAGCUAACCUCUCUACGGUCAGCAGGACCGGACCCCUGACUGUGGUCCUCUUUACACUAUCUAGUGCCGCCAACCUCUCUACGGUCAGCAGGACCGGACCCAUGACUGUGGUCCUCUUUACACUGAGGGUGUACAUGUUUUUUUACAUUUGGAAAAUGACUAUUCAUAUGUACAUGUCACAUAUUUUUAUAUUUUAUUUUUGGUUUCCUAGUUGUUUCAAAGGUUGUGGUGAAGAGCUGCAAUAUAAGGCUGUGUAUUUUUAUAAUGUUGAUGAUUUUAUGAAAAGGAUUCUUUUUAAAACCAAACUAAAAACUGGGUCAUGAGAAGCUUCUGAAAAGAAAGAUACUCAGUCUUUGUCAAGCCAUCAGCCUUCUCGAGAGAGCCUGAGCAAGCUUCAUAUCCGAAGACAAGACUACUGAAUGUUAAACUCCCAAUUUUAAUGUAUUUAAACACAUUACACUGUUUUCUUGUUUUCAAAGUCAAACAGCUUUUCUUUGUUCUACGGCAAUGCCUGCCACGAAAGAAAAAAAAAAAACCUGCCAUUGUGUUUGUCUCUCUGCGCAUAAAAAGAACUUUCUUUGAAGGACCACCUCACUGGAAAGUGUGUGGGUGUAGGGUGUUAACCCUUCUGUUUCACCUUCUUUUGCUAAAUCCAACUGACCAAACCUCAGACUCGUAAAGACGAUCUGCAAUAAGAUACAGUAACCCCAAUUUUCCCUGUCAGUAUAAGGUACAGUAUGGCUCAUAGAUGAGAAGAAUUGCAUAUUCAUAUCUGUUAAUUUAUUGAAUAUUUUGGAUACAUGUGAUCAUUACAGGUAGUGAAGCGGACUUGUUUGUCUCCAUGCCGUGCUAGUGCUUGUCGUGCUGUCGCGGUUCUCAGUGUUCAUGAGUGCAGUAUAUUUAUUUGUAUGCCUUUGUGCUCUCUUGCAUUGUGGGGUGUGUGCUUGCUACCUCAAAUACGGUGUUUGUCACAGCCUGCAUUUCACACAGGAUUUUUCUGUUAAAACCUGUUUUUGUUCAUAAAUUGUGUUGCCUCUAUUAUAUCAGAACUGUACAAAUAGCCCCCUAGAUUUCCUGGCCGAAUGCAGACCGCUUCAGGUUGGCAUACAUGUCUACCCUUAUCAGAAGUGUUUAGGGGUCUAGUUAAUCAAUGUCAAUGGCCUAUUCCAUUUUCAAGUGAGCUGAUAGGCUUGGAGUAACCUGCCUUGCUUGGAUAUGGCGCCAAAAGUAACUGAAUUGCGUUGUUCUUUGUUUUGGUGUCACAAAGAGAUCCAGCCAGACCCAACUGUAACUAGACACUUGUUUUACCAUAUAUGGUAUGCGCGCCUAUGACUAGCUGGAAAAUCGAGCAUUGUUUGUGUGACGCAUUUGAACAGACAGACAAGACGAAUGUCCGUGUUCUUUUUAUGCUUCAAAAAUGUCAUUUUAUUGUGUCACAUUGCUGUAUUUAUCUAUACAUUUUGUAACUAUUGUUUUGGAAUGUAAAUGUGAUCAUUGUCAGCCCUUUGGUUUGCAGUAAUUUAAAAAUAUGCAGAAAUGUGUAUUUGAACUGUUUUUGUGCGAUUUAUUCCCCUUGCGGUAGCAGGGGAUUGCUCCUCAUUUUUCACAAAGUUUAGUUUAUACUGUACAAAAAGAUGUGCCGGUAAAUAUGUGAAGAUCAGAAGAGAAAGAGAGGUCACGGGUCUUGUCGAUCUUCAUUUGUUCAGUUUGUUAAGAUGUACAUACUGUAUGUAUAGUAUGUUCUAUUCACCGUUACUCAGAUUGUCACUUCAGCACUCCUGUGUCUUUCUCCCGGCGCUCCUCCUCACACACGUUUAAGAAGCCCGGCACUCAAGUUCCUGCUGGAAAAUAUUCUGUGAAAGUCAAGUGCAAAUUGGCAUCUCACUUUCAGAGAGUUUUAAAUCAGCCGUUUCUUUUGUAUUUACUGUACCUUUGUAGUGCAUGCCAUUAGAAAUAAGUCAGUAAAAGUGCAAUAAUGUAUUAAAUACUUGUUGUAUUGCUUUAA